AUUAAAUGUGUUUGGUGCAAUUACUGUUCUACAAGGACAAUCUGUCCAAUUUAAACGUUAAUAUACCAAGUAAACUUUGUCUUUCAUUUACGUAGCUGUGCCUUUUUUUUAAAAUUCUUUUGUUUAUUUGUAGAUGUUUUUUUUGAUAUGGUGGAUACUAAUCAUCGAUUGUAUGGUGGAAUUCAAAACCGUUUAUGGAACCGAACGGAUAAUAAUAACGGUGCCGGUGCACAUAAAAAAGAUGCACCAUACGAAAAUGAUUUACAAGAUCAUCGAAAAACCCGUUCCCGCGGAAACCGUCUCGACGCUGUCAACGGAUCGAGUCCGCUACCGCGAGGGACCCACGCCGCCCGACGCGCCUAACGGGACGCACGGUGAAGAGAACCAAACGGUAGCGUCGACUUUCAGGUACCACGAACGCGGUCACGGACCCGCCGACCAUCGCGGUCGCGGUUAUGACGGAAAUCACACGCACGGCCGUUUGCGCGACGGAGAUCCCUCGAAAUUGUCGACCGCACACGGUGCGCGGGUCGAAGGUGGCCUGCACAAGCACUACGGCGACGGCGCCACCGGCCGCGGACCGCACCGCCACUCGUACACGACGUACGGCUCCAACGCAAACGGUGCGGGCUUGCACCAUCCCCAGCACCACGUGCACCGCCCGCGUCACCGUGUGCGCGGGAACUACGGCACCGACGUGUGGUACGGCAAGCAGGCCGGCGAUGAAGACGUUAAGCACGCAGUCGGUGAUCACGUGCGCGGCCACUCUGUCCAAGCGAUGCACGGACACUUUGGCGGCGUGUUGCGCCCGGCGGGCGAUCACGAGCACGGUGACGUGCGCUUCAGCUAUCUCAAGCCCGCGCACGUCGGAGCCCACAGACACUCGCACUUUGGCGACCAUCGACACGUGCGCGUCGGCGACCACAGGCACGUCGGCGAUCCCAAAAACGGCUGGCCCUUUGGCCGUCAAAAUGUCGAACACUUUGGCGGCCACUCGCUCGGGCAGUUCGGCGAUUCCUGGCGCGGAAACACCGGAAGUCUGUGGAGCGCGCCGGACCCGACCGAUCCCAGUUUCCGGGGACAAAACCAAGGCAGCCGACCGACCGGGCAUCCGGAACCGCAACAGCACAGUGACGACUUGCACAGGGACGCCGCCAAGUUCGGUGCCAUCGAGACCGGCGGCGCACGCGAUCAAUACGGACACGGUGCAGUCGACACGGCGUCGCCCGGACCGGACGCCGCUUAUCGCGACCUCGGCGAGUAUGGAUUUUCGAAGUUGCAGCACGAUCACCAAUUCAGUAAACCCGUUUAUGGUCACCGCGAUGCGGGCGGUUACCAAGUACAGGAAAACGUAGCAGAUUUCAACGGAAUGAUUUCGAUCGCCAUUCCGCCACCGCAUCCUGCCACCGCCUCGCACGCAUCCCAGACCGGCUACAACAAUCCUUCUCCGGCGACGGGUAUCGGCGCCAGUAACACCGCAAUGCCGUCGGUGUUCGCCAUCGCUUCGCCGCCGACCGUAAACAACGUUUACUACACGCUCGAUCCCGUCGUGCCCUACGACGACAUGGCACUUCGACCGCAGCGGCGAACCGCUCGACGGAGUUGCGUGGAAAAUAUGAAAUAGUCUCAGAACGGCAUAUAGUUAUAGGCUUCGGUACCUACCUAGGUGUUUGCUUGUCUUAAUAUAUUUACACGCUAUUUAUUGGCUUUUUAGUGCUUUUUCUUCAGCUAUUUUCUGCGAAAAUAAUUUUAUAAAAAUAAAAUGCUUAUGUCUUACCGCUAUUAUGUAAAUUUCACGUGAUAUUAAUAUAUAAGCUUUGCGCUAAUCGCCGUCGGUGACCAUCUCUAUUGACUGAUAUUUUUGUUUUUAUUAAAAAAUACACUGAUAUAUUAUGAGUUAUGACAAAGAUAAAAUUAUAUAAAAAGAGAAAAAUAAAUAAAACAAAUAAUUAUAAAAUAAAAAUUUCAGUCGAAAUGGUUCUGUUUUGGUGCAUAUUUGAUUUGUUUUUAGUGCAUGUUAUGUUA